UCGGGAUCCCAGCACCCAUGCGCCUCAGCAGCGCAAUUCGUUGCUGUUGGCUCAGGAAAUGUGCCGAAUAUGCAGGAAGGGACGCCGUGCCUUACAGCGACCGGCAGGGACUCGGUCCUCCCAGAUCCCAGUCGCCCGCCCCGCUCCGGCCAGGAUGUUGGAGGUGGGUGACCGCGAAGAGGUCGGCGGGGGGCGGGGGCCGCAGUCUUUGUGCCCGGGCAGCUCCCGGCUCCCGCCGCUGGGGGGCGGCCUCCGCCCCGCCGACCCCCGACAAUAGCGCGAGGGGUGGGGAGCGCGCGGUCCCGGAAACUUUUCCCCGGCGCCUUCGCCGCCGCCGCCGCCGCCGCCGCCGCCGCCCGCGCCCGGGAGCGCGCCCUUCUCUGCUUGCGGUCGGUGCGCUGGGCCGGAGGCGCCGCGGCGGAACGGAACCCAGAGAAGGGGACGCGAGGCGGCGGUGCUCGAGGCUGCCCGCGGCGAGGGAGGCUGCGCCCAGGUCCCCCGCCCGGCGCCGCGCGCCCAGCCGCGCCAUGGGGGAGGCGCCCAGCCCCGCGCCCGCGCUCUGGGACUGGGACUACCUGGACCGCUGCUUCGCCCGCCACCGCGUCUGCAUCUCCUUCGGCCUGUGGAUCUGCGCCUCCUCCUGCUGGAUCGCCGCCCACGCGCUGCUUCUCUAUCUGAGAUGUGCACAGAAAUCCAGACAGGACCAGUCAGCGCUGUGUGCUGCGUGCUGCCUCCUGACCAGUCUGUGUGACACCGUCGGGGCUGUUCUGGCCAGACAGCUCACAAUCCAGGUUUUCACUGGUGCCUACCUAGCAGCUAUUGACUUAGUGAACUUUAUGUUCAUUCUCUUCCCAGUCUGUGGAUCCAAAUUCAAGUCUAAUUCAGGUCGGGAAGCCCGAGAGAGGAAGAGGAGGCGGCACCUCAGGGCCAGUGUGUUUGCCCUGGCCCUGCCGCUGAUCCUGGGCCCAUGCUGGGCGCUCUGGGUUGCUGUCCCAAAGGCUUCAGCCACCAUCCGGGGGCCGCAGCGGAGGUUGCUGGCCAGCCUGCUGCAGGGAAAUACUGAGAUCUUCGGCUACCUGCUGGGUAGCAUUGCCGCCUUUGGCUCCUGGGCUUCUCGGAUCCCCCCUCUCUCCAGAAUUUGCCGGGGGAAGACAUUUCCCUCCAUCCACCUGUGGACCCGGCUCCUGUCGGCCCUGGCUGGCCUCCUUUAUGCCUCGGCCAUUGUGGCCCACGACCAGCAGCCUGAGUACCUGCUGCGGGCCACACCCUGGUUCCUGACCUCCCUCGGCCGUGCAGCUCUGGACCUCGCCAUUAUUUUCCUUUCGUGUGUGAUGACGAGCAAGAUGAGACAGGCCUUAGGAUUUGCCACUGAAGCCAGAGAGAGCCCUGACACCCAAGCUCUUUUGACCUGUGCAGAGAAAGAGGAAGAAAACCAGGAGGCGAGGAACGAGGACAAGGGUCUCACUCUGUCCCCGAGGCUGGAAUGCAGUGCCUCGAUCACAGCUGCACUCCAGAUCGCUGCUCCGCUGGGGAUCUUAAAAAGCAGAAUAGGCCAGAAUUCAGAUUGGGUGCCUCUCACCACACUGUCACGCUGCAAGUCACUGAGGACAAUGACAGCAAUCAGUCGCUACAUGGAGCUGACCAUCGAGCCUGUGCAGCAGGCAGGCUGCAGUGCCACCAGGCUGCCAGGUGACGGACAGACGAGCGCUGGAGAUGUGUCCCUGCAGGAACCCCCAUCGUACCCUCCCGUUCAGGUCAUCCGGGCCCGAGUGUCUUCCGGCAGCUCCUCUGAGGUCUCCUCCGUCAACUCUGACCUGGAGCAGAAGUAUUGGGAGGCCCUAAACUCGGAGCAGUGGGACCCUGAAGAUGUGAACCUUGAAGGGAGCAAAGAAAAUGUGGAGCUACUGGGAUCCCAGGGGCACCGGGACCCUGUGAGGACAGCACACCUGAGUGAUGAUGAUUAACACCUUCUGGAGCCAGCUCAUCAGCUCAGAGCCCAGCGUCAGGAGUUUGUUCAGUAACACAGCAGGAAUCAAUCUGCACUGACACCGUGGCAGGAACUGAAGUUGCCCUGGAAAGUGAGGAACCAGGAGCCAUCACUGAGUGUGGCUGGUCUACAUCAUAGCUCAUCAUGGAGCUACGACUUUGGGUACUGCGGACAGACCUGGACAGGCCCAGCAUUUGUUCUGAAGAUUACAAGUUCACAGACCGCUCUUGCUUUGUAAAGAUAAUCCAAAGGAUCUUAGACCCACUUUUCCUUUUUCCCUUUAUUCCCUUGAGAGUCAGCCAUAAAAUGAAUAUCUGCUAGGUUCCAGGAAUGAGUUCACCUAACAAAUAGCAAAUGUGUCUGGUUAGAUCUCAGCAGAGCCCAUUCUGCAAGACCUGGCUGAGCCAGAUGACAGGGUGGGCCCUGUGCUGGGGGGCCUUGGGUCACACACAGGAACCAAGACCUGGCUUCCGCCCCCCAGUCACCCACUUGAGUUAUCUGCUGGAAGUUAUAGAUAGGACUGCGUGGCCAACCAAGUGUUUGUGAGAUCACUGAUGCUGCAAAAACAAAGCAAACUGCUCCGGGUACCAGGACUUCCUCCAACCUGGCAAGGUGUGUGCUGAGGCGGGGUUUGCAGGUGAGGGGGGCUUGUAUGCUUCAGGAACUAACUAAAUGCAUGCAGAGGAUAAAAGGCAUGAUGGGAGGUGUUCAAGCACAGCAAUCCCAUUUGGGGGUUAUUUUGAUACUGUGAUGAGCAAGGGGAAGGGCGCACGGAAUGGGGCUAAGGUGGGAGUGAACACUGGGGUGAAUAAAUUUUAAAUCAAUUCAAGUA